GGGACAACGCUAUAGUUGACCACAUCUUCAUCGAUAUCGAUAAGAAAGGGAAGAUUUUUGAGUACUUGUGAAAAAUGGCUUCCAUCAUCAAUUUUUACCUAGAUACAUUUAUAAGUAUAUAGAUCUCCAUGUAUUGAUAGGUGGCACCUCGCCACAAUUAUCGUACAUCUUGAGAUGCAUUGUGAACAAUGACAGAACAUCAUCUUUUUUAUAGGUGGUGUGGCGUCAUUCCGUUUUGAAAUUUAUCUUAUUUUACGUGCAUCGUCAAGUGAAAUGAAGGUGAAGAACCAUCGACACGCAUCUUAUCUACGCACUUAGACUUGCUAAUACUGAAAUGCAACGAACUACGUAGAAAAUAGAGCUUUUUUCAUUUUCAAUCGUUGUUUGUGACUGUGUGACAAUUGAUUCUCAUUGAUUUCUCUGAGAGUACUACUUGUACUUUGAGUUAUAUAUUUACUAAAACUAGUACUAAAGUGAUUAGUGACUCUUCAGACAACAAGAUAGUGGAUCGAUGCGUAUCCACUCCAUUUGAAAAAUUAUUUUUCUUGUUUCGAACGCGACGGGUUGGCUGCUCGUCCUCGUCGUCGUUUUUUUUUAGUGUGAGUACAUAGUAAUUACCACUGUUUGUACAACAGUUAUUUAUAAGGAAAUAAAUCAAAAUGCAGUUUUUUACCGGUGCACUUGGCACACCCCGUAGCGGGGCCUCAGUCUGGAGCAUUCCAGGCACGCCCCGUGGCGGCUCCGCCUGCAUGCCGAGUACCCCACGUGGUGGUGGGCCUUCUUGUGGCGCAGUAGGACCUACCCUGGUGCGUAGCGGGUCCACUUCUUCGCUUCUUGGCACUAUGACACCCAGACCGUCGUGCCUGCUGCAUAACCUGCCAAUUUCGUCGUCGAGCGGCUUCAACAUCUAUUUGCGCCCGAAAUCCACUCCCCGCGUGCCCAAAAUCGAAGAGGAGCCGCCGAAAAAGAAGGAGAAAAAAAUGACACUCAAAAAUUUGGUGAAGUUGACCAUGCUCUUCACUCCGAAAAUCAAGCUUUACGUGCGUUUCGUUGACUACAGUGGUGGAACCCUAUCUGAAAAUCAGGCUUCGCUCGUGGUACUGUGCGACCUCUUGAGAGAAAAAGUAUCGGCGAGGGAAGGGGAGUUGCGUACUGUGGGGGACAUAGUGCGCAUAAUAAGGACGCAGCUACAACGGAAUGUGGACAACUACUACCGCACUUUACAAAACCUAUUUCCACAGUCGCAGAAGAGCGGCAGAGCAACGUAUGGGAUAUACUCCGCACGGGUAGAGGACCUAGAAGAUGAAGACGCGGGUGUUGGUACAACAGCACUUCCACUUGAUAGUGAGACACAUCAUUAGUGAUGAAGUAUACCUUUACCUAGGAUGCUUCAAAAUCAAAAUUUCUAGAUCAUAGAGUAGAACCAUAAUACUAGAAGAAGACUUUGCUGCCAGAGUCUAUUGCUGCUUCUCUUAUUCGGCUAUGCUAUGGGCUGCAUAACUGCCGCUGUUUGAUCAUGUUGUUGUAGCCAUAUUGCUAAUGACAAAUUUGUCUUUUGAUAAAGAUAAACUUAAUUAAAAGCUAGGUCAAUAGUUAUACAUAGUACUUUUGUGUUUUCAAGAACUAUAAAAAGCCACAUGAUGGUGCAAGAAUUAUCGCGAUGUUGCUCUCAAUCUCAUCCGCUGAUCGUCUACCAGAUCGAUAAAGUAGAAGAUGUCGCGUGCAUGAUUUAUUUUCCCACCACAUCUACAGGUUAUGCGGAAGAAGAUAGCGAUGACAAUGCCGGUCGCCGUGCUGCAAGUCAAGUAGCAGCAGGAGCUGACCCGGAGCAAGAUGUAGCGACAAUAGGCGUGUUCGCGCCCACGAUUCGCCUGACAUAUGUGACCAGCGCCAAUGAGGUCGCGAACUUCGACCUGUCUGCUGUGUGCCCCCGACGCGGACGCCCACCUAUGAAAUUGAAUUUGGCCAGCUACACGUACUAUCCCUGGAACAAGCAGGUAACGCGGCACAAGAGCGAGCAGCUACCGCACCCCCCGGGCAGUAAGAAGAUUUUGUUUGAAACACCUAAAAAAAAGAGCAUCUUAGUCACCUUCCUGCAGGAAACCGACUGGGAAGAAAUCCAACAGCUGCUGCGAUUCCUCUUCGACAAACAAGCCGCGAAGCACCAAAAGCAGUUAAAAGAGACAUCUCGGACCUUCGCGGAGACUUACUUUACAUUAUGGUUAGCUUUUAUCCACCUUUCUCGGCAUCUUGGUCCCCUUUUGCCUUGUAUUCUCAUGAAAUACAAGGGGAACGAGGUCGAGACGGGGGACCAGGAUGGGCGCAAGCUGAGUCUAAUUACAGAAAAGCUGCAGCGGGAGUCGCGAGUCACCUUGGAACUUCUGAAGCUGUCGCAAAAUUUACUGGACGCUUUGGAAGCGGGAAAGAUGAGGCUAGCCUGUGACGACAAACCCCCGCAGAUGGUCGGUGAAAAGCAAGGCAAGCUAGGUGACAACGCAUACAUGCAAGAAAACAUUCGCGGGAUAAUCGAUGCCUUCAUAAAGUCGGGAAGAGAAAUGCCCUGGGACGUGUCUCUCUCGCCCGCAUCAAAAUAACCCGCGAGUCACUGGAAAAAAAUAGCUGUAGCUUAGUAAUACUAUUUCUGGAGUAGAAGCUCCUGUAGUAACGAUAAUCGGAAAUCUUCGUAAUGUACAGAUUAUGGGCACGAUCUUCGUAAUGUACAAAUUAUUGGCACGUCAAGUACCGCCACUGCCUGUUCUUGUACGCACACAUCAGCGCGCUCCCAGAUGCUCCCUUAUUUUGACUUUUUUUUAUUGUAUUAGAAUUGGAUGGCUUCGUAGAGGGUGCCAGUGGGUCGAGCCUGCUUGUGCUGAUUCUAGUGAUAUACAUUCGCAAAUGAAGUGAGUAGGCUGAAAAUUCGUGAUUAUUUAUUUUCCGCUCAAGAUGUGCAUGAGCAGCUUGAACGAAGAUCAUCUACUAGUACUACAUGGUCGUAGAUUUGAUUCUAGGUCUAGGAGUAGGACACACUACUCAACGGCAACGAAACGCAAGUUCUUAUUUGGAUGGUUCUAAUUUUAUCUUAAUUGAGAAUCGAGCACCAAUAAGAUCAUCCACUUGUUGUUGUCGUACUUGAUUUUGUAGAAGACACUCCUUGCGGACGAGCAGUUGUCUUGUGGUGUCUCAUGAUGGCGAGUACUUUUUCCUGCCUCGACCAAGGCCAACGACAGGAGCUGCAGCAUUGGUACUGGCUAACACAAUUACGAUAAGCAUGCGCUCGUCGUCGUCGAGAUUGUAAAAUUAUUUUCUGCUUUCUCAUCAACAGCCUUCAAGAUCAAAGUAAGCCUCAACGUAAUCAUGCAUCGCAUCGAAUUCAACAUAGACGACAACAAUGUUCCUGCAUCUGCCUAACCCGUUAAAAGUGCAACGUUUAUGUGUGAUUUCAGUCAUGAAAGGAGAGAGAGAGUCGUACUAGAGUCCGUAGAAGAUUGAAGAACAGGAUCAGCAGCGGGUCGUGAGCAUUCGGGUUGACCCGUAAGUGACAAGGCCUUCACGGAAAGAAGGCGCGCCAGUAGUAC